GGCACAAAAGUAGUUUCCACUACUUUCUUUCUGUACUGCAGCCACCUACGACGUGGAUGCAGAGAGUUGAGCUUCACGUCAUCUAUCUUUCGGUGGAGCUGCAUCUUCUUGCCCGAAGCAAGACUGCAGCCAUCAUCCCCUCUGUUGUCUUCAUAGAGCGACGCACCUUGAAUUGAGUCCGAAGAAACAACGCAAGUCAAGUAGAGACGGGCUACGUACAAAGCCGAGCCUUUACUACAAGUAGCCACAUCUAUUUUUCAGGAAAAGAUGGGAAGCUCGGUGAGUACCGACACAAUUCCGGUCCUGGUGACCAUGGUCGACGUGCACAAUGCGAAGGCCCAGGACCAGUUCUACUUCGCCAACGUACUUAAGUAAAGUGUAGGAGUUUAUUUCCAUGACGGUGGCGCUGCAUAAGAAAUUUGAAUCAUAAUCAGCAGGAACUGCAUAUGCAUUUUCAGAUGGACGAAUAGCAUGACUGUGUCGACAUCGUUUUUCCGAAACAUCAAAAACAGGUCUCCACCGGUGGUGCAGCGACAAAGGUGAUCGGCCGAUCACAGACUUUUAUGGAGAUGAUGGAGAUCGACUUAAAUUUCUCCUUUUCUGGUGGUUGAAAUUUAAAUUUGUUCUGGUAAUUUUGAUAACAAAAACUGGUCAUUGAUCUUUUACUCACGAUGCAGCUGCGUAUGUGUGUCAUUUGUACUACCGAGGAAACUGACAUAUGCGAACUUUUGAAAGAGUGUCAGUCUCCAAUCUUCAUACGUCUGUCGGUGGAAGUAGGGAUCAGCACGAUUUUGGUAUCCUGUGUUGUAUUUACACGUCGUCGCCCCCGUGGUCCUUUCUUCUGUUUCUGUCAUGCGUCGGUCGAUAAGUAGCAGGCUCUGUUCUCCGAAAAUAGUGUUGUUUCAUUCAUUCUUGUUUUCGACGCUUUGCUAUGGCUAUGCAUGUGAAAAAAAACCCGAGCAGAAAGGAAUAGACGCGGGAUUAGGUCGUGUGGUACUUGUCACUGAGUGAUAACUCUCCCUGGUGAUCUACGAGUGCCCCGAGCCCCAGUUUUCGCCGGAAUACGCACGCUGCCCUAGGAAAGUGGAACGUUUUGGCUGAGGAGGUGAAUUUGUCUUGCGCUUUGCAUCUACAUAGACAAACUCCACACUCACAGUCUGGUUGUGCAAGAGAACAAAUUUUUCGCAUGAGAAAUUCAUCAUAGCCAAACCGGUUUUUCCUUGCCAUAAACCUCGGGACCAUCCGAUUUCCCAUCGAGCGAUUAGCGGAGCGCUACAGCAGCGGAAUCUUUCAGCAGUGGUAAGAUCAACAUACAGAUUUUUGCUUUACCAACAGCAUGACAAAUCUUUUUCGCAAUUUGCUGUUGUGCUGCUUGAGAAAAAUCUCUUUCUCGAUGAGUAUCCAACAAGAAUUAUCCUGACACGGUACUUAGACUUACUCUUACAUCAUUGCAACGACCUCCCAGGUUCAAUCUGGACACCAAAGCCGAUCCCCGGGCACCACCGGGUGACUUCCAGCAGAUCAAUGGAAAGUUUGAAGCCGCUUACUCCGAUAUCGUCGAGGGAGAAAAAAAUUGUCUCACCACAUCCACCUGUUUGUGGUUUGUAUAACAUGAGAGCUGCGAUCAACACCGAUAAAGAAGUGCUUCAGUAUUGCUUAGGUUCACGAUCACGCGCUAGACAAAAAUCCCGCCUCAUUCGGUCAGCCUCCAUCAUGGCACGUGACCGAGGAAGAUCAGCACCGCGUGCAUUGAAGCUUGUUUUCUUUUCAUGCUGCAAAAGCAUCCGAGGUUGUACUAGUGGUAGUGGUGCACCGACAGUUUUUGCCACCGGAUAUCCCGAGCAACGCAGGACGUCUACGCGCCGAAAAUCUGCUUGAGUAUGGUUUUGUUUUCUGCUCAAAUAAUGAUGUCUGUUUUUGUCAUGCGUGUAGUUUCUCUGUACACGACGUCCUGUCUUUGUCAAAUGCACGAUUCUCUAGUACAGGUUGCAUUUUUUCGAAACAAAAAAUAAGGUAUCAUCGGAUCCAGUUUUGAAGUAUCCCGGUCCGGUCGAAGUAGCUGCUCCAUCUUCGUUUCUGAAGAUACGAGAGACAAGAUCGUUGUCCUGAGGUAGAACUAAGAUGAACGGGAAGACAGAUUCUUCAACAGCAUGUUGACUUUUGAAUGUUCUGCUUGUUUGGCACCAGCAAAAUCGUAGCAGUAGUUUGUGUUUGUGAUGACUACUAUCACGCGCGUGGUCUCAGGAUGAUUUGCAACGCAUACAGUAUGUGAAGACCCAGGCCGGCCCGGACAUCAAGGCUUUGAUCGCGUCCCACAAACAGCAGGCGGCCUAUGUGGACUCGUAUAAUUCUGUCUGAGUUAGCGCGGAUUUUAGCAACAUGAGUUUCGUUCACUUUGCAGCUGCAUGAUGAAACAAGUACUGCUAUUGCCUGAUAUAUUCUGUGUUGGUCGUGAAAAAUGGUCAAGUUCUUCUGCAUGAGAAAUUAGAGGAAAUUGUUUUCGUACAGGUUGCAUGAAGAGCUGCGGCGGUUGAACACACCGUCCUAUCGGCCGGUCGGUGGUAUCGAACAGAAGAAAGCGGGCAGGUCACACUUGUAAUGCAUAAAUGCACAUACACAGAAAAACCUGCCACGGGUCGUGAGCCCGUAGCAUGCUGUUUAGGAUGUGCAAUGCAGACGUGCUUCAUAUCUUUGCAGUAGAAAUUAUAUCAAUGUGCCCUGUCAGCUUUUUUCUGUGUGACAGCUGGCGGCCAGCCCGGGGACCCGAGAGCAAACAUGGCAGCGGCCAGCGGUGCCGGCGGUAUGGGGAUGCCGUAAAAGUAAAACGGGUCGGGAGCCGCAAAACUACAAGUCGCUUUUUUUUAAUACCACGGAGAGUAAAAUAAUAGUCCUAUUUACAAAACGAUCGAAACAUCACGACGAUGAAGCGCGACUAAGACUUGUCGGAAAGGGCAGUUUCAAACCUAGUUUCUGUUUCUAACUAGCAAGCAGAUGAUGUUUCGAACAAAAGAAUGGAACGAUGCAGUUUGUGUUGGCAAUCUUUCUUGUUGGCAUGAAAACUCAUUUUUUUUUCCUGAGUUUGUAUUGCAAGAGCCCGAUGAAAAUUAUAGUGCUGCUGAACCGGAUGUGCCCGUGGAAUCG